GAUAAUUUUAAUUACCGUCAGUGCUACUUCAAAACGCAUUAAUUACUUUAAGUACUUUUGAUUGCAUUUUAACUUCAACGCACCGGUUCUUUGAAUUGCGUGCCCCUCGCAAAAUUAUUGAGCAAGGGCAUUUUAAUUUAUUUAAGGUUUUAACACUUUUAUGGCUAUUAUUUCUCAAAAUAAGUAAACAAAUUUACCGUUAAUAUUAUGCAUAGAAAAACGUCAUUCCGAUUUGAUGUGAAGUUUUCGAUCUAAAAUAUCAAAUGGUGCAUAUGGGAAACACUUGCAAGCUUCAAAAUGGCCGAAUUUCAGCAAAAAUGUGAAAGGUUGCUCACAACAAACAAUUAUGCAAAGUUUCUUGCCUAUCUGAGAAGCUCAGCAAAGCACAACCACGUAAAUUUAGCAUCGGAGUCUGCUUCGACCACAAACCAAUGUAUUAAUAUUAAAUUAUAUUUUUCCGCUCUCAUACUCUCUCAACAUCAUGCGUGAUAUUGGAACAAAAUACCAUGCUUGAUAUUGAUAUUACAAAUGCCUUUGAUAUUGCGAGACUAUUUACAACAUGUAAAACUGAAGCUGAGAAUUGACCAAAAAGGAUUCCCUUGCACAUUGUGUUCUUAGACAGAGAGAGUAGAGUUGGCUAUCUCUCUUUACUCUUCACUGAUGGCAGACACGAAGUUACUGCUGCCAGCAGUGAUGGUAGUUUCGGGUUGCGUUCGGAUAUUGAGAUUUUCACGCCUGCUUGUAUUGGUGCGCUUUGUAAAACUGUGGUAGUGAAAAUUCGAGGAAAAUACAUAACAAACCGCUGUCAAAUUCAUUUUAACCAAUCGAAUGACAUACAUUUUGAGGUUAGCCCGAGGAAAAUAAUAAACAACUUUACAUGGCAAUAGAUCUCCGUUAGUACGCGUGCGUUUAUCGUCACUAAUAUCUAUAAAGCAAAAAUCAUGAAAUAAGUUAAGUUUGAAUAAUGGUUUGAUAAGAAUUGUAGCUGUUUUGAUAGCUUCAUAUUCGAAGCUACAAUAUUACAGCUUGAAAUAUCAUCCGAAGCUGCUUGCUUGUUGAUUCUUGUCUACGAAAAUCAAGCGUAUUUUACCAACACUGCGUGACAUGAACAUUGUAAAUCAAGCAAGCAGAUAGCAUAAGAGAGCCUUAACAAAUGUAAUUAAUCAAUGUUUCAUACAAAAUUGAGGAAAAAUUAAUUACCCUCUCACCACACUCCUUUUCACAUUCUAUUGAUCAAAUAUUAUUUUUCGUUUUGUUAUCUAAAGAUCAAACAAUUUGAUUGAUAGUACAGGUAAUUGAUUUUCAACACUUCCAUCACCGAUUUUUAAUAAUCUGCUGAAGUUGGUACAAUAACGCAAAGUAACACCGUCACCGAACACAGAAGUCAAUUUCGGUUGGUGUUUUUGAUUUAUAUGAUUGAGUUGUUGAUUGCGAGAAAUCGACGAUAGAAGUGACCAAGGUCAGUUGCCGAUAAUCAAGUCCGACCUGUAUAUCUAUCAGCUAUCAACCAAAUUAACACACUCCUUGUUUCACAUGCAUCGGCAUGUUCGAACAUUUCGUAGACUGUUCACCUUUAAUCCAUGUUUUCGUCUAGAAACAAAACCCUGCAGACACGUUUUGUGGGCAUGCUCGUUGUUAGUGUGUUCCAAUAACUGUUCGAUAGAGGAAGCUACAUGCUAAAACGUAUUCAAAGUUGAGCAUUUUGUUGAACACAUAAUAGCGGAAAAUUGUAGAAACCGACCGAUCGCACAUCCGGCGUCCAAUCAGCACCAAACGUGAUCCUCAAUUCAAACACAAGUGAAACUGAUUUGCCAAUUGUACUCUACGCGGGACUACUCCUACUCGAACAAAAAACUGUGCCAUCAUCGUCGCAACAAGCCACACCACUCAAGUGGUUGGUGAUCAAGUGAUCUAUCUCGGAAGUGCUACGAGUAUACUGCCGUGUAGAUAGCAACUGAAAGUGUGUGACCAGUGGUCGAAAUCGGGGCAUGUGAUAAUUGAAUAUCGCCACGGGAAGAAAACAGUCAAACGACCAAGUGCCAAUCACCACCAAUCGAGAGCAAUUUCUCAGCCAGUAUAAGAAGAAAGGUCACAAAGAUUAGAAUUGGACAUUGUCGAGAGUGAGAACCAGGUGCCCAUUGGAUCUAUUACCUAAGAUAAUUGAAUCGUUUGAACUAACCUAAAAAUAGUGGCUGUACUAAUAUAGUUGAGAACUAAGUUGUUACUAAGUGUCAGCGUCAAAAUGGCAAACAGUUUGUUGAUAAAAGUGAUUUUCACUUUGCUGGUGAUGGGCAGAUGUAUAGACAGUGCCAGAAUCUUGGCAAUAUUCCCGGUGCCUUUCAAAGAGCAUCAGCUGGUUUACAGGCCGCUAAUAGAGCAAUUGGCGAAUAGGGGUCAUCACAUAACGUUGCUGACUACGGAUCCCAUUGAUCUUCGGGUAGCUGGCAAUGGAAGUCUAAUUAAAUGGAUAGACCAGAUCGAUCUCAGUUUUGUAUAUAAUCUACCCGUUCUGGAGGAUCUUAACACGGUUAGCUUGAAUGCUAAGGACAUGUUGAGAAGCAUUUUCAACGUGAUGAGAAAAAUCUCAGAAGCGGAACUGCAGCACCCAUCCGUGCAGGAGUUGAUCGCAGGAAACGAACGAUUCGACUUGGUAAUGGUCGAGUGGUCCGGAGUGAGCUUGAUGAACGCUUUUGCCCAUCACUUCAAUGCUCCGCUGGUCGGAAUCACCAACGGGGGCGCAUACAUCAACGCUCACGAAGCAUUAGGCAAUCCGAAUCACCCAGUCGGCUACCCGAGCAUUUUUAUGCCAUUCACCGAGGAUUUGAGCUUGCUGCAAAGAAUUUCUAGUGUGUUCUUCACCAUUUGGUACCGUUUCUACUACUACACCGAAGAGAUCCCCAAGCAGAAUCUCAUAGCCAGUGAAAAUUUCGGCGGCGACAUUCCCAAUCUCUUGGAAAUCGAGCAAAGUGCCGACCUGCUGCUGAUCAACUCAUACCAAGCAUUAGGCCAUGUCCGCCCGGUUGGUCCAACCACAAUCUAUCUAGGAGGUAUCCAUCGAAAGUUGAGUCUCGGCGACGAAAUGCGUGAGGAUCUAACUCUGUUCCUGGAGCACUCCGAGGAACCGAUCGUAUACGUUAACCUGGACCUUGACCCGGUAGUCGAUCACUAUCGGCUGGAGAAAAUCAUCAAAUCACUGGAAAGCCUUCAAGCCACCAUCGUGUGGAACUGGAAUCAUGGACAGUUUGUCAACACCUCCACCAGGAUCUACCAGUCGUUCAGUCUACCCCAGGAGGAAAUUCUAGCGCACCCUAAAGUGAAACUAUUCAUCACCGGAGGAGGUCAACGGAACGUCGAGGACGCUAUUCAUCACCGGGUUCCGGUGCUUGGCGUUAGUUAUUCCACCUCGUUGGAGCACUAUCUGAGGCAAAUAUCCAAAUACGAAGCCGGCAUAAUCUCGCUCAUUGAUUUCGAAACUCAAACCACCAUCACCGAUAAGCUACAGGACGCCUUCCAGCUUGAAAUCUACCAAUCAAACAUGGACAAACUUAACCGGCUGCUGGCGGAUAAACCGAUGGACUCGCUCAAGCGGGCACGCUGGUGGAUCGAGUACGUCAUACGAAACCAAGGCACGAGGCAUUUGCGCGCGCCGCAACUCUCGUGGUUCCAGUACUUGAUGCUAGAUGUCACACUGACGGUUGCGGUCCUGGCUACACUCGUCGGCUUAGCAGUUGCCUACCUUAUCGGGCGAGCGGUACGUUACUCCAAGAGUUUACCGAUCGAAAUGGUAACGCGAGGCAGCCGAAAGUGCAAGCAGCUGUGAGAGAUUAACGCCUGACGAUUGAACGACUUUCCGACAAGACUGCUCUCAUUGCCUUUGCUGGGUGUGCGAAUGAAGAAACCACCGGUAGAAAUGAAUAAAAUAUUAUGAGUGUUCUGAUAAUUUACGAUGUUGCAAGCCAACUUGAAGCCAUUUGUUUGUUAAUGUUAGUUUAUAAGACGCUAAAUUGUGAUAUUAGCUUUUAAGAAUUGAGAAGAUUUAAUGAUGAAUAUAUCUGAAAAUAACUAA